GUGUGUGAGUAUAUGAAUGUAUCUACACAUGUGCGAGUGUGAGCGUGUGUAUAUAUCUACGCGUAUAUAUAAAUAUGGAAGACAAGCUUAAAAGUCCAUCGCCGCGCCUCUUUUAUUCUUCACUUUUUUUCUUUCAGCAUGAACCUGUAGAUUGAUCGAAAUAAGACCAUGGAAAUAGAAACAUACAUCCAUUUUCCGAGAGAGAUCUUCAACCGGUUUUCGGUCAGUUUCAUAUUCAGAUGUAUAAGAGUUCUCAUCAAAAGAUCUGUGUCUUUGCCUUUUAACUAAUCAGUAAUCAGCAAUCAAUCUCUUACAUCGAUCUCCCUCCUUGUCCUUUCUUUCUUCAUCUUGGUUUCGUUUUCGAUCUUGAAUGAGAGUACUAUAAGGACGGGAACGUGUGAAGGAAUCGAAAAAUGUCGAGAAAACCGUGUUGUAGCGUACAAGGGUUAAAGAAAGGGGCAUGGACCACAGAAGAGGACAAGAAACUCAUCGCUUAUAUCCAAGAAUUCGGCGAAGGCGGAUGGCGCCACGUUCCCCAAAAAGCAGGGUUGAAAAGGUGCGGAAAGAGCUGUAGACUGCGAUGGACAAACUAUCUGAAACCCGAUAUCAAGAGAGGAGUGUUUAGUCCAGAGGAGGAGCAAAUCAUCAUCAUGCUUCAUGCUUCCUAUGGCAACAAGUGGUCGGCCAUAGCAAGGCAUUUGCCGAGGAGAACAGACAACGAGGUUAAGAACUACUGGAACACGCAUCUCAAAAAGCGACUGUCCGAACAGAGCAUCGAUGCCUUGGCACACAAGCCACUCGGUUCUAACCCUAGCUCUUCUCUCGAGAAUUCCAAUUCCCAAUAUGCCUCUAACCCCGAUGACGACGAGCAAUCCCUCUCUCCUCCGACAUCGUCAGAAGGUCCCUUGAGCUGCAAGAAGCUUUCCUCAACGUCGAAUUUCACUUCUCUCCUGUUAAACAAAGUGGCCACUCGGGUUACUUCCGUGAAGGGAAUCUUGUCGGCUUCCAUUAAUGGUAGCUUAACCGAUCUAACGCCGCCAUCACGCCUCCCUCGAGAUCUUUCCCAGGUUUCAAUGGAAACCGAUGAUUUUGAUUUGCUCUCCCAAUCUUCUUCAUGGUACAAUGAACAACUAACCGACAACUCGUUGGAAACUAUGACAAAACCCACAACUGCCAAUUUCGACUUCAACGACCAAGAAUAUGAUUUCUCGCAGUUUCUUGAGAGUUUUGAUAAGAACGAUGAAGAGAAUAAGAACAAUUUCUCCCAAGAUGUCUCAUCAACUACCACCGUUGAUGAGGAUGCGAAUGCGAUAAGCCGGAUGGAUGGUUGGUCCGAUUACAUUCUCGACCAUCCGAAUUUCAUAUGAUUCGAAUUCCACGUGGGCGAGAAAGAGAAGAAGAUGGAAGAAAACUAAAGGAAAUAAUACACCGUGUGAUUAGUUGGACUUGUGUAGUCGUGGGGACAACAGUUGUGACAUGUCGGAUGUUUCAGAUCUCAUGUGCAUAUCCAUUAGAUAAAAUCCGAAGAUUAGGGUUUUAGGGCAUCGUAUUGAAUAAAAAAGGGUUCUCUAAUUAGAUCGAGAACGGACCACUGCUUCUUGAGUUGUAAAAUAAAUCUAGCCCAUCAAUUAGUGUUUGAUUCGCGGAUUAUAAUAAAGUUUUUUUUUUAA